GGAACUGAGAGAAGAGCAGCUGGAAAGAGAUUCACUUUAGAUUUCCUGCUCAAAGAAUAAAAACAAACUUCGUAAAACUUAUGUGAGUUUUGGCCACGUUGCAACAGGUUUCCUGCUGACAUUAACUGAGGCUGCUCUAUCAACAUUAUACGGUGUGUGUGCGAUGAGGAUGUGAGUGUGUGUGUGUGUGUGUGUGUGUGAUGGCGUCCUCGUUCUCCCCGCUGCAGGUGGGGCGUCUGCAGGGUCUCAGAGCUCAGCUGCUGCGGCGCUACGAGCACCGGACGCUGGUUUCCUGUCUGUCGGGGCUGUAUGGCUGCAGGUGGACGAGAGAGAGGAGAGAGAGGAGAGAGAGGAGAGAGAGGAGAGGGAGGAGAGGGAGGAGAGAGAGGAGCAGAAAACAGCCGGAGGACUGCUGCUGCAACAAGCUGGAAGGCGUCUGCUUCGCUCUGCUGGUUGCAGCUUUCUGCUUAACGCUGGUGUUUCUCUACUUCUGGGGACAGGCUAAGAACGACUACAAUGACUUUGACUGGUUCACCUUCAGUACCCUGGGCUUCUGGUUCCCCUGGUCUCUGGUUCUGCUGGUCGUCGCUGCAGCUUUCUUCACCUACGUUACCGUACUCAUGCUGCUGGCGGUGUGUUUGCUGUCAGAAGGUCAGAAGCUUUAUUUACACUGGAGUCACAAGAUUGGGAUCGUUGUGAGUCUGACGUUCUCCAUCGUAGCGACCGCUGUGUUAUCUGACCUCUGGAGCAAAGAGCUGACCACGCUGCUGCUCUCCUUCCAGGUGACUGCUCCCUUCCUCCACGUGGGGGGGGUCUUCCUGCUGACCGCUCUCUCCUGGCCCGUCGCUCUGCAUUUCUUCCGCAUGACCAGCAGAGUGAGGGGGGGGCUGAUCCUGGGGUUUUACCUGAGCUUCCUGUCCGUCCUCUAUCUGGUUCCCCUCGGUCUCUACUCUCCUUGUAUCAAAGAGGUCGGGACCCUCGGACCCCCGCCGGCCCUCAUUGGACACAGAGGGGCCCCCAUGCUGGCUCCAGAAAACACUCUGAUGUCAUUUGAGAAAGCCGUGGAAACAGGAAGUGAAGGUCUGGAGACAGACGUCACCAUCAGUGUGGACGGAGUCCCCUUCCUGAUGCACGAUCAGACGCUGCGUCGGACCACCAACGUCCAGCACGUCUUCCCCAACAGAACCAACAUGGCCGCCUCCUUGUUCAGCUGGAGCGAGCUGCAGAGCCUCAACGCCGGAGCCUGGUUCCUCUCCAGCGACCCGUUCAGCACCGCCGGCUCUCUGUCUGCAGAGGAGCGUCUGCGCGCCGCCCAGCAGCCCGUCUGCAGCCUGCAGGCCUUCCUGCAGCUGGCUGCGCAGACAGAGCAGCUGGUGAUCUUUGACCUCUACCGGCCCCCCAGAGGUCAUCCGUUCAGAGACACCUGGAUCCAACGAACGCUGGAGGUCAUCCACAACGAGUCCUCCAUCAACUCCUCGCAGGUGCUCUGGCUGCCCUCUGACCUCCGCUCUCUGGUACAUCUCUCCGACCCUUCCCUCCAGCAGACGUCGGGCAGCCGGCUCCCCCCGGAGGAUCUGCAGAGAAACAACAUCCUGAGACUCAACCUGCACUACAGCGACAUGUCCACUCAGAGCCCAAGUGCGUACUCAGCGGGUAACGUCAGCACUAACCUGUACGUGGUGACGCAGCCGUGGCUCUUCUCCCUCGCCUGGUGCUCAGGGGUUCAGUCGGUCACCACCAACAACCCCCAGCUGCUGAGCUCCAUCACCGCCCCGCUGUUCCUCAUGAGUCCAGAGGAGUACAACCUGAUGUGGAUUCUCACUGAUCUGCUGUCCCUGCUGCUCAUCAUCCUCUUCUUCAUCUUCCACUGGUGGAGAGAGCGCGGCCUGGCUUUCUGCUCCGGCAGUAAAGUCUCUCUGGAUAACGGCACGUACAGCAAGUUCAAAACAGAGAUGAGUGACAUCUGGUCCGUCUCCAGCAUCAACUCUCAGGCAGAGAGGACGUCCAACCUGGCAACCGUGACGCAGCACUAACAUCUGGAAACAACUCUGAUAACAUCUGGAAACACUCUGAUAACAUUUGGAAACACUCUUAUAACAUCUGGAAACAACUCUUAUAACAUCUGGAAACAACUCUUAUAACAUCUGGAAACACUCUUAUAACAUCUGGAAACAUCUCUGAUGACAUCUGGAAACACUCUGAUAACAUCUGGAAACAACUCUUAUAACAUCUGGAAACAACUCUUAUAACAUCUGGAAACAUCUCUGAUGACAUCUGGAAACAACUCUGAUAACAUUUGGAAACAACUCUGAUAACAUUUGGAAACAACUCUGAUAACAUCUGGAAACACUCUUAUAACAUCUGGAAACACUCUGA